AUGGGCCCAUUUUCGCGGUUCCUCGUGGCGUUGGCGGUGGCGCUUCUCCCCAUCGUCGGUGCCGCGGCCGGCGGCCGCACCGGCGACCGCGGGACGCGCUACGCCGGCGUCUUCAGCUUCGGCGACUCGCUCACCGACACCGGGAACUCGCUACGUCUCGCGGCCACCCGCGCGGGGCCGUCCAGCCGGCCGCCCUACGGCGAGACCUUCUUCCGGCGCCCCACUGGCCGCGCGUCCGACGGCCGCCUCGUCGUCGACUUCAUCGCUGAGGCGCUGGGGGUACCUCACCCGACGCCGUACCUCGCCGGCAAGAGCGCGGAGGAUUUCCGGCGCGGCGUGAACUUCGCCGUCGGUGGAGCGACGGCGCUUGGUCCGGAUUUCUUCAAGAGCAGAGGGCUUGAGCCGUUUGUGCCUGUCUCUUUCGCAAACCAAGCCACCUGGUUCAAGAACGUUUUACCGCUUCUUGGCUCAGUUCACAACCGUACAAGGAUCAUGGCAACCUCGCUCUUCAUCGUCGGCGAGAUUGGAGUUAACGAUUACCUCGUCGCCUUUGCCGGGAACACCACCGUCGAGGAGGCGCGGGCCUUCGUGCCGCACAUCGUCGGCGCCGUCCGUUCAGUCGUGACCGAGGUGAUCGCCGCCGGAGCGAGGACCGUACUGGUUCCGGGGAUGAUACCGCUCGGCUGCGAGCCACAGCUGCUCGCCCUCUACCAGAGCGGCGACCACGACCCGUCGUCCGGUUGCAUCAAGCCGCUCAACGAGCUCGCCGAACUGCACAACCGCGCGCUGAACGGCAUGCUCCGAGAACUCCGGCGAGCGCACCCGGGGACGGCCAUCCUCUACGCCGACCUCUACGGCGCCGUCGCCGACCUCAUCGCGUCGCCCCGGAAAUACGGGUUUAGGGAUGAGCCGCUGGCGGCGUGCUGCGGCGGGAGCGGCGCGUACAACUUCAACAUGACGGCGUUCUGCGGCGCGGCCGGGACGGCGGCGUGCGCCGACCCGUCCAAGUACGUGUCCUGGGACGGGGUGCACUUCACGGAGGCCGCCAACAGGCACACCGCCUGCGCCACGUUGAAGACCAACUCGCCUGCUCUGCUCAACUCGUCGACGGCGGAGGCGAGACGAAGGAUUGGGUGCGCCUAA